AUGGGCUGACAUGAAUCUUGCCAAUAGACCGACUACGAAGUUCGAGAUGUAAACGACGAGAUCAACAAAUUGAUGCGGGAGAAGAGACAUUAGGAGAACCAUAUCAUUGCGCUGGAGAUGCCAGCUAUCGCCGGAAUGUAGCCAUACUGGAUGAUGAUGGGAAGGAAGUACCUGGGACAAAAGCAUACAAAUUUCACAGGCAUGCGCUGACUCUUUCAGCCCAGAAAGCAGAAGCAAAAGGAGGAAAACCAAGCGCUUUCAUUCUAGACGAAGUUUAUGAAUCAGGGCCCCGCAUGCUUCAGUGACCUAGACGAAGCAGAUGGAAAAUUGUUGGAGCACGCGCGUCAAGCAGAGGAAAAAGAAUGGAGAGACGAAUAUUCGAACGUCCGCGAGAUCCUCGACUUCCCUCUUGACGACCCAACACCUAAAAUACCUCGUGGAUCAUCGCUAAGCUCAUCACCACUCCCAUCAGACGGGCUCUCUCCACCUCGACGUCUAUUAAACACUAAACGCAAAGCUCAGGAGGAAGAUGUCAAAAUAGAUAUGGCGAAUUCAGAGGCAGCAAAACGACUCCGAGUCCGCAAAGCCGAAUCAGACGGAACAGCGAAGGCAGAUGUCAUCCCCUCAUGGAGGCGCAGACUCGAUGCGCGCAUACGCGAACACAGCUGCUGCUUACCUGGGCUUUUGGUCGCCAGAAGACCUGAUGCCACUGACACUUCCGACUAGAGAGGAAAUGGAGGACGUGUUAUUAGCCCUGGUGGAGGAAUAUCUUGG